AGAUGUUUUGUUUUGUUUUUUUGGCGGUCCGCUGUUGAGUUUGUUUGAAAUUGUUUAUUUACUACUGCUGGGUUAGAUUGCAGGGGACUAUAGUAAGAUGACAGCUAUGUCGGGCGUUCUCGUCUGAAAAUCGAAAUCUGAUGAACUUGUUUUAACAUCAUGUUAUGCAUUUCCACAAAAUUACUCCAAAUUGUUCAGAUACUACAUAACCUGAGAAGAUUUGCUCAUCCAUAAUCGCAAGAUGGAUUUAAUGGAUAGACUGCGAUUGUCUCUAAUGCCUGAUUCUACAGUACAUGCUCUUUGGAAAGAAGGGUACUUUAGUGAUGAGGCUGAGCUACCCACAGAACUGGAAGAGCACUUGGAGUCUGUCCAGAUUGUGGACAUUCUACAGGAAUUACGCUCAGACAUAUGCCUGAGGAUUCGGAAUCGCACAAAUUGGCCCAGCCUAGUAGAAGAAGGCUUCGACUUUAAGAGAUAUCUCUUUUUUAUCCAUUAUCUUCUGUGCACAUCAAUUGCGAAGUUAGGAGAGGAGCAUCAUCGCACAAACGGAAUCUGUGCUGCUCGUCUUUAUUUUUUGUUCCUAGCAGUUCCUGAUGGUGGACCAUUCCUCAUAUACCAAUCUAACUUGUAUAUGAAGUCUCUUCGUAUGUUGAAAUGUGGAGAUCUGGUCAAGAAACCAGAGAUCCAGUCACCUGCGCGAGGUCGAGGACGAGGUGCACGACAGAACUCUGAUGAUCUGCAACCGCCCACCUCCCCUUGUGUGUCUCUGCCAAGGCAUGAAGCAGACGCUUUAAAAGCUAAGUUGGUUGAUGCCCAGCAUGACUUAAUCACAGCUCUCCGUGUCGGCGAUUUAGGACAAGAAACAGAUGCUGUGCACUUGACAGUAGAGGCUUUGUCAAGUAUUGCCACCCAAGAAACUUUACGGGCAGACCUGCUUUCUCAAGGAAUCGACGAAUCCUUUGGAUACAGUUCCAGUUCUUUAGCUAUGAAUGCUUUUUUUGGUUUGCUAACAUUAUGUUCUGACAGAUAUGGAGAUGUUGAAGAAAAUGUACGCUUAAUAAUGAGAUAUGUGUUUGAAGUCCUCAUACUUGGAUUCCAAAAAGACUCCAAAGGAUAUUCCUCAAGCUAUCUAAGUGCUGUAAAGGAGACUUUUAUGAUAUUUGUGUACCAUGUCUGCGGUGUCACUGGUCAAAGUGCAUACACCGGUCUUGUCAUUUUGUUUCAACAUCUUUGUUUACAUGCUCCUGACCAAGCAGAUUCACGCACCAAAUUGAUAGAUACUACUGUUCGCCUGCUUUCAAAGCUACCAGACAACUUUCUUUUCAAACUGACCAGCGUUGUUGUAGUAAUGUCUUGCCAUGACAAAGCUUCUGUUCGAUUAUUUUGUGUAGAAGUAAUGGAGAAAAUUUUAAGUUCAAUGAAAGUUAACUUUGUUGAUGACAAGCCUCAAGAAAAUGAAUAUAUGCUGCACAAACUCAUGUUCGCUGGAGUAUUAGCUAGAAUACAGGACAUGUCUGCUUCAGUGCGUUCACGAGCAAUGUCCAAAUUAGCCUCUCACUUGAAAGAAUGCUCAGACAAUCGAGCCAGUCGAUACCUCAUGAUGGAGAUGUUUGUCACUCCAUAUGCUGAAUGUCAUUCCAUCCAGCAGGUGCUGAAGAAAAAAUUCAAGAACUUCAAUGAUGUUGCAAAAGAUCUUCAAAAAGAGACCAUUUCUGUUGAUAUCCCUCUGCCUUGUGCUAGAGCGAUUAUUGAAGAGCUAUCAGAGUUCUGUAACGAUGACAAAGUAAUUGUGCGCAAAGCUGCACUACAGCUGCUUCUGCGCAUACUCUACUUAAAUGUGAAAUUCAUGGAUGAGCAUUGCCUCUCAGAGAUAGGUGCUCAUUGCCGAGAUGAGGCAGUUCUUGUUAGAAAAAUGAUGGUUCAAGAAUUCACCGACCUGCUCUUGGAGUAUCCCUCCCACCAACAACUCUUGAAGCAGUGGACUGUAGAUAUUGUGCCUUUAAUUUUUGAUUCUGAAAUCACUGUUGUGGAGAAAGUAUUAGAGAGCUUUGAAAGGGCUAUCUUAAGAAACAUGGUCCCAGAUACAGAAAUGCUGCUUCCAAAGCAUCAUCUGCCAUGGGCCUUAAUAAAGCUUCUGUCACAGCUUCAACUUAAGAAGGCUUUCCUUAAGGCUUGCAGUCUGUGGAAAGAGGAAAAUAUAAGAUCCAAAAAGCUCAUUCCUAUUCUAAAGUCACAUAUCGGAAUGGAGAAACCUUAUAAUGACUGCGCAUGGGUCACUCUCUCAUGCCUUACAGAAGUUGUUACAAUUAAAGAUCCACAAUUUGUUCUGGACUUUUAUCACAAUGAAGUUUACAACAUUCCUAAUGUGAGCACUUUCAUCAGCCAGCUAGUCAUGGAUGUCUUGUGGUAUUCUUGGAGGCAACUACCUGUUUCUGAAAAGAAGAGCCUUGAACAAGAACUCAAUACAGAUUUAUAUUUGUUUAAAGUACCAGUACCCCUCAUUUCUAGGGCAGUGGAUAUUAGGUAUGGGCUGCAUUUACACCUAGAGAAUAUAAAAAGUAAUGAUGCAGCUAAUCCUCCAGAAUGGGCUCAGAAUUUAAUUAAGAGAUGUGAAGACAGCAUUUUUGAAAUUUUGAAGUUGAAUUCAGGAGUAGUUCAUGAUGAGGAGGCAAUGAAACGCUACAUUAUCACUUUAGGAAAUGCAUGUCUUUAUUAUCCAGGAAGAGUGGAAAAUCGGACAACAAAACAACUUCUUCAAAUGCUUUCUCAAUCUCAAGAAGAAAAUGCUGAACUCUGGUCUGGUUCUUGUGGAGUGGAAUUGAAAGGUGGAUUGAUUGUUACAUUAGGAAAAAUAGGACUUCAAAAUGAACCUGUUGCUAAAAGAUUGAUUGAAAUAUUGGGUUUAUUAUUAUCUGAGACGAAGGAAUCUUUGUUGAAAAACAACACAUUGAUUUGUCUUACUGAUCUGUGUGUUAGGCAUACAUCUCUUGGAGAUGAACUUCUUCCUGACAUGUGUGUAUGUUUGAAAGACAGUUUACAGUCUGUGAGACAAAACACAUUAAAGCUUUUAGUUCAGCUUGUGCAAGAGGACUAUAUCAAAAUGCGGGACAAUCUAGCUUUUCACCUUUUGAGCAUGCUUAAUGAUGAGGACUACACCAUUGUGUCCAUGACUCGAGUGUUCUUUGUAGACACAGUGUUACGCAAGAAAAGCAAUUAUUUUGCAACUUCUUUUAUUGCAUCCAUAUUUCAUUUCAAUGGACAUGAUCAUCACAGGAAAUCCUCAAAAACUGCUCUUACUCCAAAAGAAAAAGAAGUCUUUGAUAUUAGUGGUCCUCAAAACAUACAGAAACGGCAUAAUAUUUACCGUUUUAUGUUAAGUCAUUCCAGUGAUGAAGAUCGUUUUAGAAUUUCUCAGCAUUCUUACAUAGAAAUAUGCCAGAAAAUUUUAGAUGGCAAACUGAGUUUGGAUGAUAAGGGUCAGGAGGUUUUAGGAGAUUGCCUAUAUGUGAUGGAUUGUGAUGAGAUUCAUAUAACCGAUGGCAAAGAUAUGGAUGAGGAUGAUACACCUGCUGAUGAGGAGGAUGCCUCAGAGUUGGUCAUAACUGGUUUGAAGAAGAAAAUGAUUUCGGAAUUGGUGAAAAAACAUUUGUAUGAAGCAAUGCCACAUUUAGGUAAAUUGAGAAGAAAACUAAGCAACAUGCAUUCCCCCCUUGCCAAUGAUGUGAUGCGGGUGCUGAAAAGUUGGAUUAGGAAUUAUAAAAUUGAUCCUGCAGAGAUAAAAGACUCACAAAUAGCCAAAGAACUGAAACGAAUAGGGAGUGGGGACGAUGAAGCAAGUUCAUCAGAAGAAUCAUCAGAUUCACCGUCUGAUAAAGAUGACUGAACAUAGCUCGAUUAUUAUUCUUGUACUUUGAUACAAUACAUUAUUUUUAUUCUUAUGA